AUGUCGACCGUCUCGGCCGUCGAACCUGAGAUCUGGGAGUUUGUCUCAUGCGCAAAAUGCCAUCUACCGUACUCCUCCGACGGACAUGGACCACCCUCCGUUCCCUUCUGGCUGACUGACUGUGGGCAUGUAAUCUGCAAUAAUCACAUACAGGCAGAUAGGUCAUGCGUGAAGUGUGGUGUAACCGAUAUAGAGAUGGUACCGCUACAACGAGAGAUGGACCAGCCCAUGGCAGACUGGUUUCGCGCAAUGCCAUAUGCGUUGGACUCUAUGGCGCAGACAGCGAAGUUCCAAUGGGAGAUGCUGGCAACACUCGUGCGGUUCUAUAAGGCGAAAUGUAUACAGCAAAGAGGCUUGAUAGAUCGAAUGAAGGCAGAGUAUCGGCAGCAUCAAGAGCAGAAGAAGACGAUCAACGAUCUGCGAGCGGAGAACGAGCAACUACGACGAACGAUGGACUACCACACCGCUAAUUCCGCUGUAUCUAUCAACUCCAACGGGAAGAGGCGCAUGACAGACGCAUACAGAGCGGCGGGUCUAUCAGAGGUGGGCGGAUAUUCGAGCCCACGAUCUGCCGCGACUCCAGUCGGGCCCAGCCGACUUACAAUCCCUCCUGGACAACCACAACCCGUCUUCUCGUCUCGAACGGGACAGCGUGAGGUACAUGGGCAGCCGCAUGAGAGACCUGGCUCAAGCCUCUUUCGCCAACAAUACGCGUACAACUCCGAUCCACAUGCUCAACAGCCCGCACAGAAUGAUGGAUUUGUCCAGCAGCAACAGAAGAGACGCUCAAUGGGACCACCUCCCCCUCCACCGCCACAACGCACGAACGUCCAGCGUUCUAUGCCGCCUCCCCCUGAUCCACGAGCGCCACGGACUCACUCCCUCGUGCAUCGAUCGACUGAUGCCAUGCAUGCACCGCAAGUGGCUGCUACGCCUUCUCGCUCCUUCCGUUUCCAGCCAGCCGCCACUCCCGUCCUGCCCUCGCAAUCCGCGUCGUCUUCGCGUUACGCUCCACCUCCCCAACAAGGACGUUCAUCUACAUCCAUUCAGGCCACCCCUCGCGGUGCGGGCGUGCAUCAGACCCCGCGUGGAGGUGGCAUGCAGCAGGCGCCUCGGGGAAGCAUGCAACAGGCGCCUUCACAACGCUCGGGUCGCUUCAAUCCUGCCACCAAUGUCACGCCGGCCCAAGGUGGGACGUUACACAAGGCACGCUCUGCUAGUCUUCGUACGACAGCGCAACGUGCGCCGUUCGUACCUGGCGCCCAGUUCGGAUAA